AUGGCUUCCCAGAGUUUCAGGAGCCAACCAAUGGAAGGGGAGAGGCUAAUUAAAUCAGAUGUCAUUUGGUAUAAGGACAAGCUCUGUACUGAAACCUUUAAAAGUGAUGAAUACCGCGCUGAACUUGUGUCUUCUGGACUCACUCAACAAGCCGUCGACGGGAUUCUUAAUAUCAGUGGGACCGCUUAUGUUUCUUUUGCUAAAAAUGGUGCCAAUGCCAAUUUCGGGAAUGCGAUCGACGCAGUGACCAAGUGGAGAAUGACUAUGGAGAAUUUCGUGAAGACUCAAUCGAAGGAAGAUCAAGACGCUUACGGAAAAUUUUGCAAGAAGCAAGAGGAGGAAUACAGGAAGAGAUUCUUUUAA